ACGUGUUUUUUUGUGUAUUUGCAUUUGCGCCGGUGUAUUUUUCCAUUUUCCCUGCAUUUCCUGACGAGAAUCAUCAGCAAAUUAUGAAAGAGACAAGCAAGGAAACGUAUGUGGACGAAUAUUUCCAGAGUUAUGAAAAUUUAGAGGUUCAUGAAUUGAUGCUCCUGGAUAGAUCGAGGACAGGAGCCUACCGUGAGGCCAUUCUGCAGAAUGAGGAACUAUUUAAGGACAAAAUCGUGAUGGACAUCGGAUGCGGAACGGGGAUUUUGUCUCUGUUUUGCGCCCAAGCUGGAGCGAAGAGAGUGUUUGCCAUCGAGGCCAGCAAUGUGGCCAGCUUGGCUGAGGAACUCGUGACUGAGAACGACUUUGAAGAGAUUGUCGAGGUCUUCCAUGGGAAAGUGGAGGACUUUAAGUUACCAGUGGGUGUUGACAGUGUGGACAUAAUUGUAUCGGAAUGGAUGGGAUUCUACCUGGUUCACGAGAGUAUGCUGGAAUCCUACCUCUUCGCUCGAGACAAGUUCCUGAAGAAGGACGGGCUCAUGUUCCCAGACACAGCGUCCAUCUACACAGCUCCUUGUCAGCUGCCCCAGAUGUUUGAGCUGUGGGAAGAGUUCUCGGGUGUGAAAAUGUCAACAUUUGGCCAGAAGUUGCGAGCACAGAAAUCCUGCAAGCCUGAAAUAAUUCAGCUGGAUCCAUCAUUUUUGCUCCACUCUGGAGAGCUCUUAUCCUGGUUGGAUCUCAAGACCGUGACUCGAGAAGAUGUAGAUGAUUUAAGUGAGACAUUUCUGAUGCUUUCGCAAGAAUAUGGAAAUUUCCAAGGUGUCUGCAUUUGGUUUGAAUGCACCUUUCCCUCAAUCGGCGACAAUCUUCCCAUAACAUUGAGCACGAGUCCCAAAGCUGAGGCGACUCAUUGGAAGCAAACCGUCAUCGUGCUGCCGGAUGCGUCGAUUCUCACCGUGGAGCCCAAUGAAGCGAUGGCCUACGAGCUGUCCAUCAAGAGGAAUCCAUCAUCGGCGAGAGGAUACACUCUUCAACUGGAUCAAAUUGAUUCCGACGAAGUGGAUCAUCCCGUUCCCUGUGAUUGUAUACUGACAAAGUGCAUUGUACUGAAGACACACUUGAAGAAGCUGGAGUGUGGCGACAUAGAGGCCAGUGAUGAGGAGAAUGGAGAGUCUGACAAUGAAGAAGAAUCGGCCAGAGAAUAGAAAGGGAAGCGGCCAAAGUACAAUAAUCACGGUUGUGUAUCGCAUAGGAGAUGGGAGGAAGACACUUUAUAUAUUGCUAUUUUAUUUCGCGAAACAUUGUAAAAAUAGGCAAAUUGUGGGACAAAUUCUCACAAACUCGUCACUCACCGAGGAAAGUCAGCGGCGUUGGUUUUCUGGGCAAAACACGAAAGACACGAUAAUGCAUUAGAUGACUUGGUGAGUGACUUCACCUUCGAGAAUGCGAUGUUGUUCGCAGAAAAAUUCCCCAUUUCGCAAUGCGCCUGAAUUUUUAUUUGAUUAGCAUGGAACGUGAUCGAAAUUGGACAGAAUGUCCAAAGGCAGACAAUCGUCAUCUAUUAUACAAUUGUUGGUUCCUCUGCGUCCCUCCGUUACAUAGCAAUUCAAUUGCGCGCGCGCGCGCGCACUUUUACACGCACGAUCAAGACGAGCCAAAACAUGCGAAGCAACAAAUUAAUAUUACGCCUUCACCCAAUUUUUAUAGCACUUCUUGUGUGAACAAAACGCUAACAAAUAGCUCAUUAUUGUCUUCGCGACCUGAGCAAUUAUCAAUCAAUCACGAGACGCGAUGACCAUUUUUACGUGGAAACCUUGCGCGACUGCACACGAGCGUUUUGGCGAAAAAAUGUUGUCUUUUUUAUCACGUCUUCGCGGCACAAAUUAUCGUCUCGUCCGUCUGCCAAUACUUUCUCCAUUGUAAAUAUUGCACUUGCGGCCGUAGAAUUCCAUACAUAUUUCCUCCUUUGGCAUCUUGCGCGAAAAAAGCGUCUCCAUUAACGUGUGACCAGCGUGAAUUGGUCAUGAUCGUGAAUAAUGGUCGCGGAGGCUCUUCUUUUUUACCUCAAACGACCAAUCUUUCUCUCUUUCUUCUUCUUUAUGUCUCCAAACAGCCGAAAAUGUUUAAUUAUAGCGUGUGUGUCGUAAACUAAUGAAAAGUCUCGACAUUGCAUAACAUUUCAUAUCUCCUUCAGGCUCUGGCUUUUUUGGCACCUAAGCUGACUUCAUUCAUAGAAUUGCGAUCAUGUGAGAUGUAAAAGCGCGGAGGGCAAAAUGCUCCAUUGAUGGUCUGAAGCGAAGACGGCGCAGAGUGAAGAAAUCAAGAAGAAUGCAAGAGUGUAUUUAUCUUCAAGAGGAAGCCAUAAUUUAUGGGUUUUCUUUGCGUCAUUAGCUAACAAAGCGAAGAAGCUUUCUCCCCAGCUGUAUUCCGAAGCGACAAGGGAAGAGAAGUCAAUAUCCGCUCGAUGUGUACUUUUUUUCUGUGACCACUCGAGAGACGGUCUAUUUAAUGCGUUUCGUGGCCAAGGUUAGUAUCCAGGUGAUAGAGAAAUUGUAGUGUUUAAAAAUGGGUCAAUAGACUUUCUACUGAAUAUGGAAUAUUUGGAACGACACAAGAUUAGUCUAACUGUUGAUGUUUCAAAUAAAAGCAUUCCUUAAGAAUCCACGUCAUUUUUACACGGUUAUAGAAUUUUUUCUUAUUCCCAAUCUAAUACAUAAUCUAUUGCAUAGACAAGUGAUAUGUUUCAUAAUGGAUUUUUAGAUCUACGCUAUUUUUGGGUUCAUGUACUUGACUGAAAUAUAAAUUGUUGUGUUGACGAGCGUCGAUUUGCAUAUUAAAAAUUCACAAUUUUAUAUAAAA